UUAUUGGGAUUUGCAUUCAACUUAGAAUUAUGUUAUUAAACCGAUUGACUUUUUUGUUUUCUGCAGAACAUUUAAUUUUUAAUGUAUUAUGUAGAAUGAGAAUGGCUCUCUGUGCUGUAUUAAAAUCAUUUACUAGUUCCAAGGUAAUUCUGCCAUUUACAAUUAUAAAGCGAUACAGGUAUUAUUGGGAAGCAAGGCCUGAAAACAAAUGGAGAAAAAAGAUGAUGAUGAUCACUUUACCUCGUUUUGGACGUUCUGAUUAUGAACCUGAAGAACAGCAUAAAGAGGACGAUAGACUUCAUGGACUCGAUGUUGUUUUACAUCAAGAAGCCACAGAAGCAAUGAACAAGAGCAAAAUGAUAGUAGUAUUUUUACAAGCUCAAAUGGAAAUAACUGAAUUUUACCGAAUGCGUCAUGAACUGAAGAAAAUUAAUAUUUUUCUUGAUGAAUUUCCAAAUCAUGUAAUGCAACAUGUCCUAAAGAACACUCGCUUAGAAAACCUUCUUAGUUUGUAUCAAGGUCGAACUUUAACGGUUUAUUCGGAGGGUACAAACAUAAUAGACCUUUUAAAAAUAUCCAAUAAGAAUCCUUAUGUGGCUUUGCUAGGUGGGAUCAUUGAUGACCAUGCAAUGAGUGCUAGGCAAAUGAUAGACUACAGCAAAUUACCACCAAUUGACAACUUACAUAGUCAAUUGUCUUUCAUUUUAACGAGUCAUUCUUCAUCCACACAUAAUUUAUUGCAACGAAAUCAAACAGAAACUGCUAGUUUAUUGUCCCAGUAUAUUCAAGAUGAGAAAACUGACACCCAAGUUUGAUUAAUCAUUUUUUUCAGAAUUAUUACUUUUCUCAACAAAGGAUUAAUAGAAUUUGUUUAAUAUCCAAUUGGCUACCUACAGCAACAUUCUGAAAUUUUAUAUAGUGCUAUCACUGUCAAAUUUUAAGUAUAACUUUGGUUUGAGUGUGAUGACCUUCUGGAACUUAAUCAUAUAGAAAGCAUUGAUGAAAUAUGUGACUUGUAUUUGGUGUUUUAAAUUCAAAUGUUGUUAACCAAAUCUGCAGGAUAUCUUAUCAGAGUAAUUGUCAACUGUUAUAUUUAAGAGACACAUGAAAAAAAUGACUGGCUGCUAAUUCAUUGUAUUUUUUUUGCAUUUUUAGA